AAUCAAUAAUGAAUUUAAUAUUGUCCAAAUAACGCCAGCGGUCUGACUGGCAGUUAGAUUAUGGAUAAUUCAAGUUUCAAUCAAAAUAUCUCUGAUGCGUUAAAUGAUGAUUUUUCAUCUGAUAUUGAGGUUUUCAAACGCGCCAACCCAUUAAAUUUAUGGCGCCAAUAUGGAUUUUUUGAAGAUUCUUAUUUGGACAACAUCAAUCAGCACUGGCUAAGUUUUCCUCCAGCAGGAAAAUUGCAGCACCGGAUUUUGGCAAUUAUAUACGCUGUGAUUAUGGUUAUAGGACUCAUAGGAAAUUCGCUGGAACUACUUCUUUUUGUAAGAUGCCGAUCUUUACGAACUCCUUCCAAUAUUCUGGUAGUAAAUUUGGCUGUGAGUGAUUUUCUCAUGAUGUCGAAAAUGCCAAUCUUUAUUUACAACAGUAUUCUACAGGGACCUGCACUAGGAAGCAUAGGUUGCAGACUAUAUGGAUUCGUAGGCGGCCUCACCGGAACAGCCUCAAUCUGCACCUUGUCCGCAAUUGCCUACGAUCGCCAAAGGAUCAUUGCAAAUCCUCUACAACCUAUAAGCAAUGUGUCACGUUCCCACUCUCGAAGGGCUGUGAUUUACAUUUGGCUCUACAGCCUAAUUUUUGCUUCAAUCCCACUAUCUGAUUCCAAACUUGGAUCAUAUGUUCCCGAAGGAUACCUCACUAGCUGUAGUUUCGAUUAUCUGACUGAUACCAUGGAUGCAAAGUUGUUCAUUUUAGUAUUUUUUGUAGCCGCCUGGGUCAUACCUUUUAUAGUUAUUAUGGUUUCAUAUAUUAAAAUAUUGAUUGUGGUAAAACAGGCGAAGGAGUUCAAUUUUGUGGUUAACCGUAGAAUGGAUAAAGCCAGAGGUGCUGAAGUUAAAAUAGCUAUAAUCAUAAUAGUGAUAAUCAGCGUCUGGUUCCUGGCUUGGACGCCUUAUGCGAUUGUAGCAUUACUUGGUGUUUUUGGGUAUGGACAUCUUAUCAGUCCACUAGGGUCAAUGAUUCCAGCUUUAUUUUGCAAGACAGCGAGUUGUGUGGAUCCAUUUAUUUAUGCCAUAUUACAUCCGAGAUACAGGAAGGAAUUGAAUAACUUUUGUUUAGGUAAAAAACAAUUGCAAAGAAAACCUACACAAACCUCAGUGUGCACCAUAUCUUUGUAUAGGCGUAGGGAUGGACGGGAAUCUUUUAUGAAACAUUCAACUUUUGAAACAACGUUUACUAAUCAUAAGAUAUCGGAUGAGAAUGGUAAAAUAUCGGUUGCAAGUGAUAACUGA